AUCGGAAAAGGAGGGACGCGAAGAUUUAGAAAAAGAAAAAGCGGCUGCCAAGAAAAAACUGAAUGAAACCAGUACCGCAGCGUCUGCUACUCAGGCUGUAGGAUGUGAAGUUCUCCGCUCUAGUGCGACAGCCCAGCUAAUCGCGUUCUUGGUUUCGAAAAUAAGAGCCCUGAUAAAAAAGAGCAAUGAGGUGCACCAAACGGCGUCUUCCACUAGUUUUCGUGCUUAUUUGGAUGAGUAUUUGGCUCCUGGGUUCCGUGCUCUCACAGAAGACUACGUUUGCCAACUGAUCGUAACCUCUAUUUCCUGUGCGUUUCUAGGCUGUUUUGUAUCCGUGUGGCGGAUCCUGCUUGCUCCCGUAGGACAAAUAGCUCCGAGAUUCGGGGCGUAUAUGGCAAGACACGCCUUGGCGAAAAGUACGGUGAAGAUCAAGGGCUUAGACGUGUUUGGAACUUGGAUGACUUUAGCUGCGAUCCCGCUAUUCUGCGUCACGCACUUAUUUUACACAUGCAUGGGCUAUCAAAUAGCGGCUGCUCUGCUGGACUUGGACACAUGCUCGCCGAAGAAAAUCGAAGCAGGGAUAAGACUACACUCACAGGUCCCAAGAUUAGGAUAUCAUUUAGGACACGAUCUAGUGCAAGCUCAACAGCAGCAGCAAGAGCAAGAUAAUGGACCCUAUCACCCGUCCCUGAUCGCAGCUUGCUAUUUUUUCCUUGCGCCCUUCGUGUAUUUGCAGUACGUCGUUUUAGCUUCUCCGGACAGCAGUUCUGACAGUAGUGUGGAAGCUGCUUCUUCUCCUUCGGCCUCCGGAAAUGCAGGUGCGUCAUCCACCUUCUCAUCUAGUACAACGCUUGAACAGCAGAGACGCUGGCUGCGCGUUUUGAUGAUACCCCAAGCGGAAAUAUUUCGCUUGUGGCGUCUAAGAUGCGAAUGCGUAUUGUUGAGCAGGGAUACCCUGAACAGGUUAGUGCUCAAAGGAGAAGGAGGAGUCGAGAAGGAGGACUCCUAAACAGAUUUCUGACACUAACUGCUAAAAGAAAUGGCCUACCUAGUACUAGAACUUGUCUCUACCCUAUCAACUUUUUUGAAAUGUACGACAUACUGCGUGCAGAGGAUUGAUCCCUCUUUUGUUGAUAUCGCGCAUUAUAACAUACAGAUUUUUGAUACGACUUAGUUCAACAUAAGAAGAGAAGUCUCUUCGAAGAUUCUAAGGCCAGCAAGAUCAGUUACAACUAUUGUUUGUGAUACGCCUUGCCGGCCUGUUUUGGUCCUCUAGGGCUAAUAAAGUGCUCCGAAGUAUUACGGUCUUGAUUAGUUUUUUUUUCGAAGAAAGUGCCGGCCUCAUCGUAUUUCACUGGCCUUGUCUACAAUAGAGUCAGGUACUCGUUGGUUGCCUUGAGCUUUUUUUUGGAUUUUACAUCGAAGUGAAGAUCCAACUUCCAGGUAUGUCUUGUGAAGAUCCAACUUCCAACUUCCAGGUAUGUUUAAUGUGGAGAAUGAGUGAGUGUAUUUGAGUACUUAUAUGUAUGUCUAGAAAUGCUCUUCUUUGAAGGUACAGGCAGACUGAAUUAACCUCUUAAUCAAUAAGUCAAUUUGAGCACUGAGGUUACAUGACAUGGCAUGCCAUGUAAGUACCACAGUCCUGAUCCUCUGAUCAUCCUCACCCCCUUGAACUGUAAUAUGCCUACUGAAGUUGUGUAUUAUUUGUAAAGAAUAUCAUGUUAGUUUUUUUCCCUGUCCCACAUUCAUGUUCGGAAUUGUUUUUUUUUUAGCUGACAAACUAACUAACAUAAUUGUUUGAUUAUUUAAUUCGUCAGUCUGAAAAAAGCCAAAGCGCUUUUUUGGUAAUAUGAUUGUGAUUUGUCGUUUUUGUGGACCAUAUUCUGUCUUUUGUGCACUGACUACAGGGUCUAAUCUAAUCCUAAUCUAAUCUAAUAGUACAGGCUAGUAACACCUGAAACACUAAGCCAAGAGUUAUUAAUACUAAGCCAAGAGUUGCUGGGCAGUUGGUCAG